CACAAACACAAAUAGAGAAUCCCUCCCUCAAUUAUUUCAACCGCCAUUCCUUCACUGCAACAGCAAACUAUUCAGAAGACUUCUCUGUAACAACAGACUAUGAAGAAGAUAAUACAAAUUCAAAAGAAUAUGGAGUACACAAAUUUGAAGCAGAUAUUGAGAGACAAAGAUAACUCAAAAGUGAAAGUUAAAGUUUUACGAACGUGGGAUGCAAUUAAUAUAGCAAACAACAAUGAUCUGAUUAGCCUCGAUAUGAUAUUGGUUGACAAAGAGGGAACAUUGAUACAUGCAAGCAUCAGAAAGAGUCUUGCUCAAAGUUUUCGUCCACAACUAAUUGAAGGGAGCAUAUAUACAAUUACAAAUUUCUUAGUAGAAGAAUAUAAAGGGAACUAUCGUCCAGUACAUAACGAUCUCAAAAUACUUUUUAAUUCAACAACUUCAGUCACAAAAUUCAAAGGAUUUGACCAUUCAAUACCUCAGGUCCAAUUUGAAUUUGCUGAUUAUGGAACAAUAGCUUCCCGUUGUUAUAACACAACUUACUUAACUGAUGUGAUUGGCAUAUUGGACUACAUUGGAGCCAUUGAGGAGAUCAAAACAAGAGGGCGUCCAACAAAGAUAAGAAACAUUCAACUGUUGUUAGAAGAGAACAAAUCUGUUCAAACAACUUUAUUGGGAAAUACUGCACAACAAAUAGAUGAUGAUUUCUACAAAACAAAUAAAGGGCCAUUCAUAGUAAUAGUCACUUCAACUAUAGUGAAAACUUUCAGAGGUCAAUAUCAGCUAUCAUCCACUUUUGCAACAAAGCUGUACGUAAAUUUAAACAUUCCAGAAGUUGCAGAAAUGAGAAACAAAUACAGCACAAAAGACAUAAACGUAAAAGAUAUACUGCCAAAGGGACUCCCUAAAAUUCAAGAUGCAGAACUGGCCUUACAUAAUAAAAAAACAGUUGUUGAAAUAAAGAACUUGGAAUGGAACUUAGAGACAAAGAACUUGAUGGUAACAUGCAAUGCCAAAAUCAUUAAUAUCAACAACAAAUAUGGAUGGUAUUAUGUUGCAUGCCUUAUAUGCAAGACGAAAGUGAAACAAGUCAAAGGAGUUCUAUGGUGUGAACGUUGUAAAAAUGAGCCAAAAUUUGCAGUCCCAAGCUAUAGAAUACAAGUCCAAGUACAAGAUGAGACCGGCUCAACCACAUUCAUAUCGUUUGACAAAGGAGCUGAGAAAAUUAUUUCUAAAACUGCAAAAGAACUUGUAGAGAUGCAAGAAGAGAUGUUGAAAUUAGAUGAGAAUACUUUACCAAAAGAGAUUCAAAAAAUAAUUGGCAAUGAAUAUUUGUUCCAACUGCAUCUUGAUGAAUAUAAUUUGAAGUAUGGAAAAGAAAAUUACACGGUCUCAAAAAUUUUGGAGAUGGAAAUUUCACAUAAGCAAAAAGACUCAAGUAAAGUUGAAGAACAUCAGGACACAAUGGAGGAAAUUGUAAGAAAAUCAAGGAAGGACAAGUACAUAGCCAGUCAAAAAAUAGAAAUAGGAGAAACAUCUGUACAAAGACCUGAAAGAAUGCCGCUCCAAAUGCUUCAAAAACAUCAAAAGAGUACUAAGCAAAUUGCUACAAAGAAGAAAAAAAACUGAACUCUAAUGUAUAUACUACCUUACUCUAAGAGUCUUUAUGUAUUUCAUAGUAUUGUUAAUUAUUUUUUUUUUCUUUAGAAGACUAAACUGAAUGUACUGAAUAAAGCUGACAGAUUAGGAUAGCGUUACUAUAAAAUGUAAUUAUAUUUCACAAUUCGGUAUGUUAGACACUAUGAUGGUCCCAAAAUGGCUGAUUUCAAAGUGUAUAAGCUGAAUGAAGAAUGUAAUC